CGAACCUCUUCUUCCCCCUUGCCGAGACCAGAUGAGAUAAGCUGCCCCGCUUCCUCUGCGCUCCUCCAUUCCAUUCCCUUAUCACCACCAUGCUCUCCCUUCCCCACCCGCACCCGGCCUCCACCGGCCCGCGCCACCGCAAGCCCCUCGCCACCACCCACCACCACCGCCGCCGAUGCACCUUCACCAUUGCCGCACUCAUCCUCCCCGGCGGCGGUGGGACCCCCCGGGGCAGCCCCCCAAACGGCGGCAAGCUCAUACUCCCCGGUAGCAGCGGCGGAGGCGGAGGCGGAGGCCGCGGCGGUGGACUGCUCCCGCGCACCCCGCCCCCGACGGCACCGGCCCAGCUUUACCAGCCCUUCCACCCGCCCAUCUCCCCUCUCCCCGCCAACUUCCGCAACCUCGACCUCACCGAGCGCCUGGCCGUGCUCCGCGACCGCAUGGGCCGCUGGUACGAGUACGCGCCCCUCGUCUCCUCCCUCUUCCGAGAGGGCUUCACCCCGGCCUCCAUCGAGGAGGCCACCGGCAUGUCAGGCGUCGAACAGAACCGCCUCAUUGUCGCCUCCCAGGUCCGCGACUCCCUCAUCUCCGACGACUUCCCCCAAGAUCUCCUCCACCACUUCGACUCCUACGGCGGGCCUGACCUCCUCUACGAGCUCCGCUUCCUCAACGCCCGCCAGCGCCUCAAAGCCACCAAGCACGCCAUCGCCAGGAACCUCGAGGCCAAGGGCGUGCGCGAGCUCGCGCGCGCCAUGAAGGACUUCCCGCAGCGCCGCGGCGACGAAGGCUGGGACGCCUUCGACAGGCACUCGGCCGGCGACUGCCUCGCGUACGCGCGCUUCCGGCUCUCGCGGGAGGCCAUCGCCAAGGAGAACCGCAUUCCCGUGCUCGAGCGCUCACUCGACGUGGUCGAGACCGAGUCGGCCAGGGCAAGGGUGGAGCUCGAGUUGGAGAGGGCCAUCAAGAAGGCCGCCGGAGUGGAAGAGGAGGAGCCCGAGGAGGACGUCAACGCGCGGCCCGCGGUGCCGGUGGUGCGGCUCAUGUACGGCGAGAUCUCCGAGGCGUCCAUCGUGCUGCUGCUCCCGGUAGUAAAAGAGACGGACGGCGUGCAGGCCGUAGAUCUCGCCCCGAGGAGGAGCAAGACGGACGCUGACCUCGGCAUCGUGGAGGUGGACAAGGGGUGGGCGCGGUGGGCGGUGCUGCCAGGCUGGGCCCCCGUCAUGGCGGUAGCCGACGAGGCGGUGGUGAUCGAGCUGGCGGACGGCCGGGUUCUGCCAUGGCGAUCGGCAGAUAAAGAAAGGGUGCUGGUCGUGGCCAACAGGAAACGGAAGGAGGUUGUGGAUGAGGGGAUAUACGUGCUGGAGAAGGGAGGAAAGCUGGUCGUGGAGAGAGGCAACAAGUUGUUGGAGCAAGGCAUCAGCCAGGCCGCGGCAGAGGUGGUCACCGUCGUCCGGCCACCCAAGGACGAGCAAGACGUCAUCUCCGGCGACGAGUGGGACUGAGGGUUCUAGAGAGGGUUUUUGCACAUGCUUUCUUUUCGAUUGCUAAAUGUUGCCAAGUCUCUUCAUAGUAGCACAGACAUGCAUUAGAGGAUGCAGUUUCCAUUCUUUGUUUUGCCGCAUAUCAUAGGAAGAUGGCAGGUCCAAUGCUUUUAGAUGAUGCUAUCGUCAAUGCUUAUAAUAAUUUGCCGAAAUAAGCUGUUCAGAUACACAUAUAUUGUAUACUUUCAGGUUACGAAUUUGUCAAUUUAUACUGACGAAUAAUUUGCUGAA